UACUGGCACCAUGUCCAGCUGUUUCUCACGUUGGAGUAAUUUGUUUCCCAUGGAGUAAUUUCCCCCCUGUAAUAACACUGCUGGUGUGUACACGCCUAUAGCCGCAAUCACUUUAUUAUAAAUUCUAGAGCUGAACCCCCCAAGGCUAAUGUUUUAUGUGUCAUAUAGCUUAAAGCUUUCAUGAACACUGCUGCACAGUCCCUGAAAUAAGUCUGCAGCUUUACAGAUACCUUCGCCGCAGCGCAUACACUUGCCGCGCACCUUGCCCACAUCACAUCGUUAAAAGAGAGAACAAAAACAAGGGUGUUUCCAGUUUGGGAUCAUCGGUUCCUUCUAAAUGGAACUGUAAGAAAGAUCCUUUGAUUCCCUCUUUCAUAUGCAAGGGGAGACUUUUGCCUAAUUCACAGCAGUAUCAUAAUACUGAAAAAUAAAAAUGAACUCAAGAGCUUGCUGGUCGAGGAGCAGUCCAAUAAACAGUCCAAUAAACCGCGGGCGUUAGAAGGGCGGCAAGGGGCGACACAAGCUCCCGCGGCCCCCGCAAGUAGGCGCGGCUGCGGGUGUUGCUGCCCGGGAUCCGGGUAGCGGACGCUACAGGCGCUGCGCUGGGCUCAGAGGCUGGCCUCAGACCGAGACUCACGUCCUGGACGAACCGCGGCCGGCGACGCUCCUCGGCGACUACACACAACGGUCCUUCCCGGGGCAGCCCGCUGCCCUCUCCUGGGCGUCAGAGAGACUGGAACCUUCGGUGCCCGGAACCCCAAGCACCUCGGCUAAGUUUCUGGGAGCGGAUUUCAGAUGGCGCCAACCGGAAGUUCCCGUGUUGUGGCGGAAGGAGGUGCUUUCUGGGAGCAGCAGGUGCUGACUGAAGUCGGGCCGGCAGAGAUGAUUCAGGCGAUUCUGGUUUUCAACAACCAUGGGAAACCGCGGCUGGUCCGCUUCUACCAGCGUUUCCCAGAAGAAAUUCAACAGCAGAUUGUUCGAGAGACUUUCCAUCUGGUUCUCAAGCGAGAUGAUAACAUCUGUAACUUCUUGGAAGGUGGAAGUUUGAUUGGUGGCUCUGACUACAAACUGAUUUACCGGCACUAUGCUACCCUCUACUUUGUAUUUUGUGUGGAUUCAUCAGAGAGUGAGCUUGGGAUCUUGGACCUCAUCCAGGUUUUCGUGGAAACUCUGGAUAAGUGUUUUGAAAAUGUAUGUGAAUUGGAUUUGAUCUUCCAUAUGGAUAAGGUGCACUACAUCCUCCAGGAGGUAGUGAUGGGAGGAAUGGUGCUGGAAACAAACAUGAACGAAAUUGUGGCUCAGAUUGAAGCUCAAAACAGGCUGGAGAAAUCAGAGGGUGGCCUCUCAGCAGCCCCAGCACGGGCUGUAUCUGCUGUGAAGAACAUCAACCUGCCUGAGAUCCCACGGAACAUCAACAUCGGCGAUCUCAACAUCAAAGUUCCCAACCUGUCCCAGUUUGUGUGAAGGUCGAGGAUUGGGCUCAGCUGGAGUCCCUAGGACAAGCAAAGCCAGUCAAGUCCAGAACCAGAGCCCAUUCGAGCCUUCAGGGGAGUUAUGCCUCAGGACCCUGAAUCUCUCUGUCUGGGGAGACAGCUUGGCACAGAGUGAAAAGGGAAUCAGACACACACUGUUUAGGCAUAUUCAGAUCUCCCUCAGGCUGCCCUACCACUCUCUGAUACACAUGGCUAUGGUAGACAUCAGCAGGCCCUUCUGCCCCAGAAGGGAAUCAGCACACCCAAGCCACUUGUUCCUUUACCUCCUCCACACAGCUUCCCCCAAGGUUGGAGACUGGAACAGGCCACCUGCUUCCCAGGGCCCCACCACUGGGACUGAACACAUUUUCUAACUUCCUCCUUAGCUCCACCACAGGCUUCUGAAGUCCUGUGGUACUUGUGGCCAGAGACCAUAGGGCUAGCCUUUCAGAUGUGGAAUGUGGUAAGUGGCAGGUAAGGGCAGGGUUUAUAUCAGCUCUACCAGGACAUCUCAGAAUCCCUUUGUAUAGCCAAACUAUUUGGUUUCCACUUGGCUACAGAGCACAUUUCUCCCACUGGUAUAUUCCCAUUUUUUGUUGUUACAGGCAUCUGUGUGCAGGACACAGUUUAAAUUAUACUCUGACCGUCACCACCCUUCCCUCUUCAGAGGGUACACCCCUCCCCUCUCAGAGGGCCUACUCCCAGAGGAGAAGCCUUUAUCUGUAGAAUGUGAAGGCUGGAUCCUCCCAGGGUUAUGACUCUUCCUGAGUUUAAAAUACAAUGUCCUCUUGGAAGCAGAAGGUUGGGUUGCUGUGUUGUAAAUGAUAAAGCACUUCCCUUUGGACAGAAACCCCCUGGCCAGUCCCAGCUUCUGGAACUGAGAGGUUGAACUGGGGUGCUGUACAGAGCUAAGCCUGAAGCAUGCUGGCCAUGGUGCUAUGUAUUCUCCUUCCCUGAGUCCUGCUGUGGAUACAUCAGGCUUCCUCGGGUGACAUUCUCCCAGGACUGUGGAAGCCUGUCAUGUUUACAUGUACUGAGUCUUUCUUUCUAUGGCUAAUUUAGAGCUAAUACCAACUGCAGGAAGCAGGGCCUCUUGCUCCACACUGUUGGUUGGGUCUCAGGGGUAGUGGUGAGGCAGUUGCUGCAUCUUGGUGGGGAACUCUCCCAGUUCAGUCACCUCUCCUGCCUUCUGGCUGGACACACAGUCUGUUUCCCAUAGCCUCCAGUUUGCUGAUGAUGGUCCCAGCAGGACCAUGUGUCAGGACCCCAGCAUUUUUUAUUUUCCAGUAGUGCUCCCUGUACUUUGUGCCCAUUGCUUUCUGCAGCCUCUUGUCCUUACCCUUUCAGCACUUGUCAAAACCUCAGUGAUGGGCAGUUGGCCAGAAGGUAGGCCCCCUGGAAAUUGGGAAGAGGGAAUUUGAGGUGACUAGAUCUGACACCAAACUCCUGGUGCCAUUCUCAAAUCAUUUGCAUUUUCUUUUGUCAUCUUGCCACAUUCAUGCCCCUUUUAUAUUUGCUGACCAUGAAGUAGGAAUAAAGGAAGGAAACCAGUGUUUAUUUGCAUCUACUGUAAGAUGGUAUAGGCAAGAUCUUUUGGAAAUGCUCACCAUAGACAUCCUUAAACACAUUUUGCUGCUGAAGAAAGCAAGGUUAGUUUGGGUAACCUGCCUUUUGGUCACACAGGGCUAAGGUUUGAAAUUUGCCUGCCGGGCUUCAAAGUUCUAUUUUCUCCUUACUACUUAAGGUGAAUUCUCUCAGUUUAUCUUCUUUACAGAUAAGGAAAUUGAGUCUCAAAGGAAUUAAGCAACUUCUUACAAACCGUUUUUUUUAAAAGCCUGAUUUUCUAAGGUAGCCAGUGACUUGUCACAGACUAAGAGCAGGAGGGUCCUCUAUGUCCCUCUAGUUAACUGCCCAAGAUGAAGCCCACCCUGAGUGUUAAGUGUUGGGUUGAGGUCAUUGUUCUUGAGCUCCUUUGCUGUGCAGCUGAAUACACUGUUGAGUUGGAAGCACCGGGUAUCCUGGGGCAGUCUCAAUUUCAGAUGUUUACCUACUAAAAAUCACAUGGUUCCUUGUAACUGUCUCUUGGUCCUGUAGAUUAUAAAGGAAGCAUCCAUGCAACA